AUGGCGCAGCCCGACUUCACAAGCGUCGAUGGGCUGCUGGCCGGUGGCAUGCUCGCCAUGCAUGAGAGCGUGGCUGCAGCAAUCGAGAACACACUAGGAAGACCGAUUCCAGAGGUAGAAAUCUUCUUCCGCGACCUGCACAUCUCAGCUCGUCUACCAGUAGCCAAGCCAGGGUCCGAAGGACCCCAAGUCCCAACAAUCUGGACGCAGAUACAACAAGGCGUGAUGAAAUGCUUCUCGAGCCAGGAAACGACAGAGAAGGAGAUCCUACGCGGCGUCACGGGGGUUUUCAAGCCGACUCGCAUCACGCUCGUUCUGGGGCAGCCCGGUUCAGGCAAGUCCUCACUGCUGAAGAUUCUCAGUGGUCGAUUCCCCAUGAACAAGACUAUCGGUGUCUCCGGCGAGAUCACGUACAACGGCAAACCCCGAGCAGAGCUACUGUCCCGACUGCCACGAUUCAUUGCCUACACCAACCAGAAGGAUGACCACUACCCGCAACUCACAGUCCAGGAGACGUUUGAGUUUGCUCACAGAUGCUGCGGUGGCGCCAAUCUGGAACCAUGGGUGCUCAAAGCUCUGCAAAACUGCACCGGAGAACAACACGAAAUCGCAGUCAAGGUCAUGACAGCGCAUCACAAGUUUGCUGCUGAUCUGCGUGUGAAGUCGUUGGGGUUAGACCGAUGCAAAGACACAAUGGUGGGCAACGCCAUGGUUCGCGGUGUGUCUGGCGGCGAGAGGAAGCGUGUCACCACGGGUGAGAUGACAUUCGGCCGGAAACGAGCAAUGCUUCUGGAUGAAAUCAGCACGGGACUGGAUGCAGCCACGACGUACGACAUUGUGAACUCGCUCAAGAGCUUAACGCGGCACUUCAAGGCCAACAUCGUGGUGUCUCUGUUGCAGCCACCACCAGAGGUCUUCAAUCUCUUCGACGACAUUCUGAUCAUGAACGAAGGCCGCAUCAUGUAUCAUGGUCCCCGUGAGGAAGUGCAGCCGUAUUUCGAACAAAUGGGUUUCCACUGCCCACCGCGCAAGGAUGUGGCCGACUUUUUGCUGGAUCUGGGAACGGAUAAGCAGCAUGCCUACAUCAGCGACACAAACACCGCGGCAACCGUCCCCUUUGAGGCGGUUGACUUUGCAGAGCGCUUCCGUCAGUCGGAUAUUUUCCAAGACACGUUGACGUACAUGAGGACGCGCUCCAACCACAAAUCGGACCUCUUUGAUCCGCUCGAGGACCCGUGUGUGUUCCGACAAUCGUUUCUUGAAGAUCUAGGGACAGUUCUACGCCGUCAAUGGAGAAUCAAACUCCGUGACAGAACCUUCAUCAUCGGCAGAGGCUUCAUGGUGCUGAUCAUGGGGCUACUUUACGGCUCCGUGUUUUGGCAGAUGAAUGAUGCCAACAGCCAGCUUAUCCUCGGACUUCUCUUUUCGUGCACAAUGUUCCUCUCCAUGGGCCAAGCUGCGCAGUUGCCGACAUUUAUGGAGGCCCGAAGCGUAUUUUACAAACAGCGCGGAGCCAACUUCUUCCGAUCGCUGGCCUACGUGAUGGCUUCAUCGCUCACGCAGAUCCCCUUCGCCAUCUUCGAGACCGUGCUGUUUGGCUCACUCGUGUACUGGAUGGGAGGUUACGUUGCCCUCGGAGACCGCUUCAUCUCCUUCCUGGUCACGCUUUUCUUGUGCCAAAUGUGGUUCACGGCCUUCUUUUUCUUCCUCUCGGCCGCUGCUCCGAGCAUCACGAUCGCCCAGCCAGUGAUGAUGGUCUCCAUUUUAUUUUUCGUAUUGUUUGGCGGAUUUCUCCUGAGGAAGCCCGACAUCCCCGACUAUUUUAUCUGGUUCUACUGGGUCGAUGCCGUCGCGUGGAGCAUCCGCUCAUUGAGCGUGAACCAGUACUUGGCCCCCAAAUUCGACGUGUGUGUCUACGGUGGCAUUGAUUAUUGCAGUCACUUCGGGACCACAUUCGGCAAGUACAGCCUCAAGCUCUCCGGACUGCCGACGGAAGGAAUGUGGAUUUACUUGGGCUGGCUGUACUUUGUCGUCGGGUAUCUUGCGCUUGUGUUCGGAGCCCACCUCGUACUUGAAUACAAACGUUACGAGAGCCCGGAGAGCACAACUGUAGUGCAAGCUGAUCUCGACGCCAAGGAAGGACCAGCGGACGCCAAGAUAAACACGAGCAAGGUCGCCCCUGCCCCCGAAGAGCACGUCACUGUUCCUAUAAUGACUCCAAGGACAAGAGCUCCGCCCGUCACGCUGGCGUUUCAUGAGCUUUGGUACUCCGUGCCAAUGCCCGGCGGGAAGAAAGGGGAAGACAUCGACCUACUCCAAGGGGUGUCUGGAUAUGCCAAACCAGGAACCAUGACGGCUCUCAUGGGAUCGUCCGGUGCAGGCAAGACGACGUUGAUGGACGUUAUCGCUGGUAGGAAGACCGGAGGCAAAAUUCGGGGCAAGAUCGUGCUCAACGGGUAUCCUGCGAACGAUCUCGCCAUUCGUCGAUGCACGGGGUAUUGCGAGCAAAUGGACAUCCACUCGGAAUCGGCAACGAUUCGGGAGGCUCUCGUGUUCUCAGCCAUGUUGCGUCAGAACGCGAGCAUUCCGUUGAAGGAAAAAAUGGAGUCGGUGGACGAGUGUAUCAAUUUGCUGGAGCUGGGGCCCAUCGCUGACAAGAUCAUCCGCGGGUCAUCCACGGAGCAAAUGAAGCGUCUUACUAUCGGCGUGGAACUCGUUGCGCAGCCUAGUAUCAUCUUCAUGGACGAACCCACCAGUGGUCUGGACGCACGUUCGGCCAAGCUCAUCAUGAAUGGUGUGCGCAAGAUCGCCAACUCUGGAAGAACCAUUGUGUGUACCAUUCACCAGCCCAGUUCUGAAGUGUUUAGCUUCUUCGACUCGCUUCUGCUGCUUCGCCGAGGAGGUCGCAUGGUAUUCUUUGGGGAACUCGGUAAGGAAUCCAGCAACCUCAUCAACUACUUCGAGGCAGCUCCGGGUGUGAAGCCGAUCGAGCCUGGAUACAACCCGGCGACGUGGAUGUUGGAGUGCAUUGGGGCUGGUGUUGGCGGUGGGUCUGGCAACGGCAUGGAUUUUGCCGAGUAUUUCUCAACUAGUGAUCUCAAGACGCUGAUGGACAAGGAUCUGGAUAAAGAUGGCGUCCUUCGUCCGUCUUCGGAUCUACCCGAGCUGAAAUUCAGCAAGCAGUUUGCUUCUACCCCCAUGAUGCAGUUCGACAUGCUGUGUCGCCGAUUCUUCCACAUGUACUGGCGAACGCCGACGUACAACCUGACGCGCCUGAUGAUCAGCGUCAUGUUGGGGGCCAUUCUCGGCUUCAUCUACCAAGCAACUGACUACGCCACGUUUACCGGGGCCAAUGCUGGUGCGGGGCUUGUGUUCAUCAGCACCGUGUUCUUGGGCAUCAUCGGCUUCAACAGCGUGAUGCCUGUAGUUGCCGAUGAACGCACCGCAUUCUAUCGUGAACGCGCAAGCGAGAGUUAUCAUGCGCUCUGGUACUUCAUCGCCGGCACGCUGGUUGAGAUCCCGUACGUUAUGCUAUCUGCGCUCUGCUUCUCGAUCAUCUUUUACCCGAGCGUGGGCUUUACCGGGUUCUCGACAUUUAUCCACUACUGGCUGGUGGUAUCACUCAACGCGCUGCUCUUCGUAUACUUGGGCCAAUUGCUGGUGUAUGCACUGCCCAGCGUAGCUGUCGCGACAAUUGCUGGUGCGCUGCUGAGCUCCAUCUUCAUGCUGUUCUGCGGCUUCAACCCACCGGCGAAUAACAUUCCGAUCGGCUACAAGUGGAUCUACUACAUUUCGCCGCCGACGUACAGCAUCGCAACCCUUGUUGCUAUGGUUUUCGCCGACUGCCCCGACAGCACCAGCAGCAAUCUCGGUUGCCAAGUUCUGAAGAACGCGCCACCCACCGUCGGCAACAUCACGCUGAAGCAGUACGUGGAGACGGCAUUCAACAUGAAGCACGAGCACAUCUCCAGGAACGUGCUGAUUCUCGUCAUUCUCAUCGCAGUAUUCCGGUUGCUUGCGCUACUGUCGCUGCGGUACAUCAGCCAUCUCAAACGCUAG